AUGGCCACGUGUAAAGAACUGACUCAGAUGGAUGGUGAAGAAUCUGAUGAUAGUAAGAGAAAGAGGGAUGGAAAAAAAGACGACGAAGAUGAAAACCCUUUCACAAAAAGCAGAAAAUUAUUUAGGUCUCCAGCUAAGAAAGAUUGUGAUAAUACAGAACUGAAAGAAAUGAUGAUCGCUCUUAUGAACGAAGUUAAGGGAAUACGAAAAGACCAGCAGAGCUUUCAAGAGGAAAUUCGCAAUCUAAAAAAAGAAAAUUGUGAGUUGAAGGGAAAGCAAAAUUUUGCACCUCCGCAAUGGCAGCAACCAAUCAGACAAUUCUACCCACAGAAUCAGUUUCAACAACCCCAUCGACAACAAAACUUCAACCAAUUUAGACAAAAUUCAAACCCUCCAGCAUUCAGGACCCAGAACCAGUCAAAUGUAUGGGCACCCAAACCCGGACAGCCAAAGCAGCCUAGACCAACACCUAUGAGUGGAAUAUCAGAAACCACAACCGGAGGCCGUCAAAAAUUUACACCAAAUUACCGAGCACAACCAAAAUUCACCGUAGAAGAACUUUACAAUAUACAAUGCCACGGAGAUGAGCAAGAAGAGAAUGCCGACUACAAUGAUUACUAUGAACCCGAAUACGACAAUUUUCUACAAGAUACAUACGAAAAUCAACCAACCGAAUACGAAGAAAACGUAAAUUUUCGAGAGGACCCACCAGAAGCAGCCGAAACGUAA